AUGGCACAGAGCUCUGGAAAGAUCACCCUCUAUGAGGGGAAGCACUUCACAGGAUGGAAGCUGGAGGUCUUCGGGGACUGUGACAACCUUCAGGACCGAGGCUUCAUGAAUCGGGUGAAUUCCAUCCGAGUGGAGAGCGGUGCCUGGGUGUGCUUCGAGCACCCCGAUUUCCGGGGCCAGCAGUUCAUCUUGGAGCGUGGGGACUACCCUGACUUCUUCCGCUGGAAUGGACACAAUGACCACAUGGGCUCCUGCCGGCCUGUAGGAAUGCAUGGGGAGCAUUUCCGCCUGGAAAUCUUCGAAGGCUGCAACUUCACAGGCCAGCGCCUGGAGUUUACAGAGGACAGUCCCUUCCUCCAGAGCCAGGGCUGGACCAAGAACUGCGUCAGCGCCCUUAAGGUGUACGGGGAUGGAGGGUGGGUCCUGUACGAGGAACCCAACUACCAUGGCCGGAUGUAUGUGGUAGAGAGGGGUGACUUCCGCAGCUGCUCUGACUGGGAGGCCCAGAGCACCCGCAUCCAGUCCGUCCGAAGAAUCGUCAACUUCUUCUAG